GCGCGCAGGCGCAGUGCCGCGACUCGCUACAGCGCCUGUAAUGGCUGCUGGCUGAAAUGACUCAGAUGCUGCUGCUCCGUCUGUUUGGAAUUGAGAGCGGAAUCGACACCGUUAACUUGGGCAUACCUGAGUUAAAAUGGUUGAUUUCCGACCGGAGAAGCAUCGCGAAACAGAAACUAACGGAGUGAAGUGAGUCCUAUUCCUCAGUCUAGAGCAAGCCUAGCGAGACGGGGAGCAUGGCGCUGAAGGAGAAGCUGGAGGCCGCGCUGAACGUGGGGCUGAGGGUCCCCAGCAUCAUGCUGCUGGACGCGCUGUACCGCUGGGACGUCAGCUCCUUCUUCCAGCAGAUCCAGAGGAGCAGCCUCAAUAACAACCCCCUCUUCCAGUACAAGUACCUGGCGCUGUACCUGCACUACGUGGGUUACAUCCUGAGCGUGGUUCUCCUGACUCUGCCCCGCCAACACCUGGUCCAGCUGUACCUGUACGUCCUCACGGCGCUGCUCCUCUUCGCUGGCCACCAGAUCUCCAGAGACUACGUGAGGAGCGAGUUGGAGUCGGGGUACGAAGGGCCUCUGUACCUGGAGCCACUGUCCAUGAACCGCUUCACCACAGCUCUCGUGGGGCAGCUUGUGGUGUGCACUCUGUGCUCCUGCGUCAUGCAGACCAAACAGAUAUGGCUCUUCUCUGCUCACCUGCUCCCUCUGGUGGCCCGACUGUGCCUGGUGCCCCUGGAGACAAUUGUGUUCAUCAACCGCUUUGCCAUGAUCUUCACUGGCUUGGAGGUUCUCUACUUCCUGGCCUCCAAUUUGCUGGUGCCCUACAACCUGGCCAAGACUGCGUACCGAGAGCUUGUGCAGGUGGUGGAGGUGUAUGGUCUCUUGGCUCUGGGCAUGUCCCUGUGGAAUCAGCUGGUGGUUCCUGUCCUCUUCAUGAGUUUUUGGCUGGUCCUGUUUGCCCUUCAGAUCUACUCAUACUUCAGCACCCGUGACCAGCCAACCUCCCGGGAGAGACUGCUGUUCCUCUUCCUCACCAGCAUCGCCGAGUGCUGCAGCACCCCCUACUCCUUGCUGGGGCUGGUCUUCACCGUCUCCUUCGUGGCGCUGGGCGUCCUCACACUCUGCAAGUUCUACCUGCAGGGCUACCGCGCCUUCAUGAACGACAACACCAUGCACCGGGGCAUGACCGAGGGGAUCACUCUCCUCAUCCUGGCCGUGCAGACCGGCCUGAUCGAGCUGCAGGUCAUCCACAGAGCCUUCCUCCUCAGCAUCAUCCUCUUCAUCGUGGUGGCCUCCAUCCUGCAGUCCAUGCUGGAGAUCGCUGACCCCAUCGUGCUGGCACUGGGAGCCUCGCGAGACAAGAGCCUAUGGAAGCACUUCCGCGCGGUGAGCCUGUGCCUCUUCCUGCUGAUAUUCCCCGCCUACAUGGCCUACAUGAUCUGCCAGUUCUUCCACAUGGACUUCUGGCUGCUCAUCAUCAUCUCCAGCAGCGUCCUCACCUCGUUGCAGGUUCUGGGCACGCUGUUCAUCUACGUGCUGUUCAUGGUGGAGGAGUUCCGCAAGGAGCCUGUGGAGAAUAUGGACGACGUCAUCUACUACGUCAACGGCACCUACCGGCUGCUGGAGUUCCUGGUGGCGCUCUGCGUGGUGGCCUACGGCGUGUCCGAGACCGUCUUCGGGGAGUGGACGGUCAUGGGCUCCACCAUCAUCUUCGUCCACUCCUACUACAACGUGUGGCUGCGCGCCCAGCUGGGCUGGCAGAGCUUCCUGCUGCGCCGCGACGCCGUCACCAAGAUCAAGUCCCUGCCCACCGCCACGCAGGAGCAGCUGGAGAAGCACAACGACAUCUGUGCCAUCUGCUACCAGGACAUGAAGUCUGCAGUCAUCACUCCCUGUAGUCACUUCUUCCAUGCUGGCUGCCUGAAAAAGUGGCUGUAUGUCCAAGAGACCUGCCCCCUCUGCCACAGCCAGCUCAAGAGCCAAUCAGCGACGGCCACGGCCGCCACGCCUCCACAGGAAGCACAGGGGGUGGGGCAGCUGCCACAGGAUCCUGCUCCUCCAAACCCAGAGGAGGCGGGGCCUGCAGAGCCCCUCCCAGAGGGCGGGGCCGUUCCGGGGGGAACAGACUCUACAGGAGAGGGUAGCUGCGCACCGGAGGCCCAGCCUCACCCUGAAUCGGGUCUCCCAGCGCCCCAUGACGCCAGUCAGGAGGGACUUGGCGCUGGCCUCCACCCUACACACCUUGACCCCCUUGAGAACUGUCCCCAGUCUGUGGGCGGGCGGGACCAGGGUUGGGAAGGGCAGGCUCCUUCUCCGAUGGAGUGCCAGGAAACUGUCUGCGCCAGCCGGAACUCCGCAGGGUGCGUGCCAGGAGGGCCUACCUGUGCCACCGGUGUGUCUGAAGGCCAGGCCGCGCCAGCGACCCGGGAACACUGAGUCCAUCCCUGUGCCAGCGCCGGGAGCCCUUUGCAGAGCGCAGAGCUGCUGUUGCCCACUGACAGCUCAGACUCCAAAGCAAGCGAACGACCCAUCGCCCUCUCCCGUGACCCACCCCCCUUCUCCCAGCUCCUUGCUGAAUUAACCUUUUCCCUGCCGCCCUGCCUGCGGGGGGGGGGCAGGAUACUAUGACUGUUAAACAGAAGGUCAGGACGAGGGGAAAGACGGAGGUUUUGAUGUACUAGAAGCUUUAAGCACGCUUUAGGCUAGCACGUUGUCGCUGUCUUGUAUUUGAUGUAGGAUUUAAUUUUUUAAUCAAUAAUCUGCCACCGCAUUUGCACUAAUGUAAUUUAUAGCAAUGCUCCAAAGUUGUCUUGUCAGGUACCAAAUAUUUUUUGGUGUGUAUGAGGAAAAAAAACUGUUUAAGGGGUUUUGAUAUACUUACAGUGUUAAUGCAGCACCAGUGGAUGUGAAAUGGGCGAAAGCUUGCGUGAACACUUUGGUGCCCUCUACUGGUAGAAGUGGGAAGAGCUUCCGUCCAUGGAUUGAGAGCUGGUGCGAGCAAAAGAAAUUCACUCAAAUACUGAAUUUAUUUUGACAGUGUUAUUUUGCAUUGAUUGCAUUUGUGAGAAUGAAUACAUAUACGAUGUAUGAACAAACUCAGCAAAUGCCAUUUUUAAAUUAUUAUUAUUUUGUAGGGAUUGGUUAGCUUUUGCACGUUUCCUUGAAUGCGAAAUGUUGUUCAUGAUGUAUGUGAAUUUCACAUUCAUCGUGGCUUCUGUAGGGUUUUUUUUGUAUCUUAUCGUUUGAAAUGUAUUCUCGAGUGAAGGGAUUUUUUUUCAUUGGAGAGAUGAGGAAACCCUAAUCCAGAUUACAUUCUAUUUUUUAUGAUGUUUUUUUUAAUAUUCAACUAACAGGAGGUGUUAAUCCGAGACUGCUGAAUUCCGAGCAAAUUUCAGUUGUGACUGAGCAAGAGAAUUUGGCUGGAGUCUUCUUACUUUUACGGAACUGAAUGUCAAAAUAAAAACGAAGCAUAAAAUUUCAAGAGUC